AUGCAUCACCAACACUCAAAGAAAUCAUUGGCAGUCCUCGCUGUCAUGUUAAUCAUGUUCAUUGCCUUGACAAUGUCCACACUCGCUCAAGAUAACAAUAUUUCUCAAAGACCUCCAAAUCCACCACCUGGUCCAAGACCUGAUCGUUCAGGACAAAGACCUCCAAGACCAGAUCACUCUGGACAAAGACCACCAAGACCUGAUCAUUCUGGUGAAAGACCACAUCCUCCACCAGGUCCACAACAAUCAGGAAAUCCAAGACCAAUGCCUUCUGGAAAAAGACCUCCACGUCCAUUACCAUCUGGACAAAGACCACCUAGACCAGAUCAUUCCAGAAGACAACCAGGUCCAGGUCCUCGUCCACCAAGACCAGAUCGUUCUGGACAAAGACCACCAAGACCACAAGAUUCUUCAUCAGCAUCACCAGAUAUGGAUCAAGAUGAUUCCAAUAUUCAAGAUGGUAAUGAAAUGACCAAAACUCAAAAUAGAGCUGGAGAACAAGGAUUACCAAUUGGUUUAAUUCUUGGUGUUAUUGGUGGUAUUGUUGCUAGUGUUUCAUUGUGUUUGGCUUGUGGAGCUGGAAUUGUAGUUCUCAUUUUGAAGAAGAAGGGUUAUUCUAUUUCAUUACAAAAGAGUGAAGCUCAUCAACAAUUGAGAGAGGAAGAAGAUGAUGCCUCCGUUCCAACUAUUGUCACUCCUCAACAAUAUGUUGCUCAAAAUCCAGUUGCUUAUUCCAUUAAUCAAGUUCAUUAUCCAAAUCUUAAUCAAGAGCAACAUGUUUAA